UUUAAAUUAAAAAUGAUGAGUAUUGAUGAUAUAUAUUUAACAAAACCAAAAACAAAAUUAACAAUUGAAUCAGGAUAGAGUGAUGAUUUUACAUUUACUUGUGCCUCAAUGCAAGGAUGGAGAAAAUCAAUGGUAAUCAAGCUUAUUAAUCUUUUGUUUAGGAAGACUCAAUUAUCAAAGAAAAACUCUCAACAGGAGAAUAUUUAUUUGGAAUAUUAGAUGGACAUGGAGGAUUUGAAGUUUCAUCUGUAGUUUCCAAAUAUUUACCGCGCUUUUUAGAAUCAAAUAUUAAAUUUAGAAAUAAAUAAUAUGAAGAAAGUUUGAAGGAAUCAUUUAUUGAUAUUGAUAAAUGGUUAAUAACUUCUGAAGGACUUAAUGCCUUGGUAGAAGAAAGAUUUUAAAUGUCUGUUGAUGAUGGUAUUAUUAAAUUAUACGAUAGUGAUUAAAAACAUUAAAAAUUAGAAAAAGAAUUUCAACAAGCAAUUUUUUGAUAUUAGUGAAUUAGCUAAAUUAACACCAAAGAAAAUUGUAGAAUUAAUUGGGACUUCUAUUAUUGAUGAAAGUGGAACUACAGCAAAUAUAAUUCUAAUAACUAAAGAUUCAAUAUAUUGUGCAAACAUAGGUGAUUCUAGAUCAGUAGGCAUUUAAAAAGGGAAAGCUGUUAUUAUGAGUUUUGAUCAUAAACCUACUCAUGCAAUAGAAAGAUCAAGAAUUUGUUAGGCAGGAGGAUUUGUUGCAGAUGGAAGAGUUUGUGGUGCUCUAUCACUCUCAAGAGCAUUUGGAGAUUAUUAAUAUAAAGAUGAUAUGGUCAUAGCAAUACCAGAUAUUAGAGUUUUUAAAAAUGUUUAAAUGAUUUUUAUGGCUUGUGAUGGAAUCUGGGAAGGUUUAAAUGAUUACGGUGAAUACCUCACACAAAAAAUUUAUAAGAAUAUCAAAGAAUCAUGUAUUUUUACCUUCAUUUUGUUUAGCCGAAUAGAAAUUAAAAACUAUAAUGAAUUAAAUUUUAGCUCCUUCAAUGACAGAAGCUACUGUUUGGGGAUUGGAUAAUAUGUCAUGUAUCCUUAUAGAAUUUAAAAAUUAAUAAAUAAAAAACAAAAAAUAACCAUUAAAAAUAAAAAAAAAUAUUAAAAAACAGAAAAAAUGA